AUGGCCUCCGCUCGACUUGUCCUCCGUUCUUCUCGGGCCCUCGCGACCUUUUCUCGUCCGUUCUCUUCAUACACUCCCCGCUUCAACCUCAAUGAUCGCGGCCACGACACCACAGAGGAUUACAGGAGAAAGCAAGCUGAGAAAGCUAGCAAUCCUCAUAUGACAAACACCAACUCCACAAUCGCAAAUGAGAUGCCGAAUGUAGGCAACGACGCACCCCCACCCGAGUUCUUAAGUUCGGUCGACCCAGACUUCAAUCCCAAGGACUCGGUUCCCGAGAACACCGAGCGUAUGACUGGUGGUACACAAUCUGGCUCCGAAGCAAGUGGCUCAAAUGCCGAGCUAGGGGUAGGAGAGAUGGAGGGCGCAAAAUUCAAGGUGGAGCCAUUGAGACGGACUGGAGAGGAUUCGAACACGACCCGCGCGAGGUUAUUAUACCAGAGUCGCAAACGGGGAACCCUCGAAAGUGACCUACUCCUCUCCACCUUCGCGGACGCCAACCUGGCGCAAAUGACACCACAGCAGCUCCAACAAUUUGAUCUGUUCCUCGACGAGAACGACUGGGAUAUCUACUACUGGGCAACUCAACAACCGACCCCGACAUCACAAGAAUACGCCGAGGGCUCGGGUCCUGACAUGGCUACUUCUUCUGCACAGGGCGAUGCACCUGCACUGCAAGACGAGUGGAAGAGGGCGCCUGGGACUGGAGAGUGGGCCCAGACCGUUGGCACAUUCAAGCCAGCGUAUCGGCCAGUGCCUUCACGUUGGCGAAACUCGGAAAUCCUCAGUCUUCUCAGGAAGCAUGUCAAGGAUCGGAGCGCUGGAGGUGUGACAGAAGGCGAGGCGGGUGUCAGUGGGAAGGGCCUUGCGCAAGGGGUGAAGGGUACCGGCGGAGGUGGGCUGGGUAUGAUGCCUGAUAUCAAGCAAUUCGAUAUUUAG